GUGGGCAGGAGGGUAGAGGUAGAGCCAGUGGCCCUGGGACGAUGGCUCUGACUGUGUGUGUGCGGCGACUGCCGGGGCUGCCGGGAACUCAUGACCGACAAGUGAGGCUCAGCUUUCGGGGUUUUACCCAGAAAACAAGGAGAAUUCACUGUGGCCAAGAAGCAGAUAUCGGUGAGCUGUUCCGUUGGCCACACUAUGGGGCUCCGCUGGCUGGGGAGUGUCUGUCUGUGCAGGUGGUCAACUGCAGCCGUGUGUUCAGCUCCAGGUCUCUGGGGACCCUGGUGAUUUCCUUACAGCAGCUACAGAUCACUGGGCAUUUGGUGCUGCAGGAGGCCCUAGUGGAUAAGAAUCUGCAAGUGUCCUCAAUCCAGGUGGAGCUUGACCUGAAGUAUCAGCCCCCAGAGGGUGCAACUGGAGCCUGGGCAGAGGAAGACUUUGGGGCACCCACUCAGGGCAGGCCUGGGGCGGCCCGGCUGGAGCGGCAGGCCGUGGCAUUGGGCUGCAGGCUAGCUCGAGGCCUAGCUCAGCAGGAGCUGGAGGAUGAGCCUGAUGUGGAGCUUUCCGGCGUCGUGUUCAGUCCCCUCAAGAGCCGAGCCUGGGGCCUAUCCCGAAGGGAUCCCUUCCAGGUGCCCGGGGCCCAGGACUUCCAGGUGGGGGUCACCGUGCUGGAGGCCCAGAAGCUGGUGGGAGUCAACAUUAACCCCUAGGCUGUGCGUGUUGGGGAGCAGCGCCGGGUCACCACUCCACAGGGCGGGACAAACUGCCCUUUCUACAAUGAGUACUUCUUGUUCGAAUUUCAUGAGACCCGACUUCACCUCCAAGAUUUGCUGCGGGAGAUUACGGCUUUCCACUCGCAGACCCUCCCCUUUGUGGGCACCCGAAUCGGCACCUUCAGGAUGGACUUGGGCAUUAUCUUCGAUCAGCCAGAUGGCCACUUCUACCAGAAAUGGGCUCCGCUGUACGACCCGCGGGACACUCGCGCCGGGACCAAAGGCUUCGUCAAGGUCACGUUGUCCUUGAGGGCGCGCGGUGAUCUGCCUCCUCCGCCGCCACCCCUGGGCCCGGGGCACAGUUCAGACAUUGAGAAGAACCUGCUGCUGCCGCGCCGGGUGCCGGCGGAGAGGCCGUGGGCGCGGCUGCGCGUGCGAGUGUACCGCGCGGAGGGGCUUCCGGCGCUGCGCCCCGGGCUGCGGGGCAGCUUGGCCCGCGCGCUGCACGACCAGCGCGUCCUCGUGGACCCCUACGUGCGAGUGUCUUUCCUGGGCCAGCAGGGCGAGACGUCGGUGCGCGGAGAGGCGGCGGCGCCCGAGUGGAACGAGCAGCUGAGCUUCGUGGAACUUUUCCCGCCGCUGACGCGCGGCCUUCGUUUGCAGCUGCGGGAUGACGCGCCCCUGGUGGACGUGGCCCUCGCCACGCACGUGCUGGACCUGAAGCAGAUCUCACACGCGGGCCGCGCGGCGGGGCUUAACCCCACCUUCGGUCCAGCCUGGGUGCCUCUGUACAGCUCGCCCCCAACUGGGGGAAUCCAGAAUGGUCUUCAAAAUCUCAACGAAGGCCUGGGCGAAGGCAUUUGGUUCCGGGGCCGCCAGCUGGUGGCUGUGUCCAUGGAGGUGUUGGAAGGGAGAACUGAACCCGAGCCUCUCCAGGCCCCACAGGGGUCCAGGUUGUCCAAGCUCAUGGGAAAGAAGAAGAAAGCCAGGCGGGGCCAGACCCCAGCGAGGAUUCAACAGCAUCUAGAUGCCAGCGCCAGCGCCGGCGGGCCUGAAGUUCCCAGUGCGAUGGAGGUGGAAGUGGAGGAAUUGCUGCCUCUGCCGGAGAAUGCCCUGGCGCCCUGUGAAGAUUUCCUGCUUUUUGGUGUGCUCUUCGAGGCCACCAUGAUCGACCCUGCCAUGGCCUCCCAGCCCAUCAUCUUCAGGAUCUCCAUUGGUCCCGCAGGCCGGGAGGAGCAAUUGGGCCGAGGGCCCAGGAGCCGGGAGGGAAUGGAGGGCGGGGAGGAGGAGGCGCAGCCGUUGCUGGAGUCCGAGGUGGGAGUCAGGCUGGUGGAGGAGGAGGAGCUGGGGACCCCUGCUCAGCGGCCUGAACCCAUGGAUGGCAGUGGGCCAUACCUAUGCCUGCCCCUGCGUCACUGCAAACCAUGCGUGCGUGUGUGGAGCCGCUGGGAGAAUCACACAUGGCGCCUGCGGAGCAGUAAUGUGCGGAAAGUGGCGGAGAGGCCGGACCAGGGGCUCCAGGAGGUUGAGAGUCUGCAGCGCAGGCCAGGCUCCGGCGCCUGCACACGACUCAAGCAGGUGUUGGAAGAGCUGGUGGCUGGGAGCAGUUAUGAGCUCAGAGUCACUAUCUGGAACACGGAGGAUGUGGUUCUGGAUGACGUGAACCCACUCACUGGAGAGAUGUCCAGUGACAGCUACGUGAAAAGCUGGGUGAAGGGGCUGGAGCAGGACAAGCAGGAGACAGAUGUGCACUUCAGCUCUCUGACUGGGGAGGGAAACUUCAACUGGCGCUUCCUGUUCCGCUUUGACUACCUGCCGAAGGAGCGGGAGGUGAGCAUCCGGCGACGGCCUGGACCCUUCGCCCUGGAAGAGGCCGAGUUCCGGCAGCCGGCAGUGCUGGUCCUGCAGGGCUGGGACUGUGACCGCGUCUCCGCCAAUGACUUCCUCGGAUCCCUGGAGCUGAAGCUGCCAGACAUGGUGCGGGGAGCCCGGGGCCCAGAGCUCUGCUCUGUGCAGCUGGCCCGUGAUGGGGCUGGGCCCAGGUGCAAUCUGUUCCGCUGCUUGCGGGGCUGGUGGCCUGUGGUGAAGCUUCAGGAGCCAGAGGAUGAGGAGCGGGAGCAGCGGGAGGCCCAGGCUGGCAGGAAGAGGCGGAGAAGGAGGAGGAAGGGCCGGCCAGAAGACUUAGAGUUUGCAGACCCUGGAGGCAACGUCUAUAUCCUCAGGGGAAAGGUGGAGGCAGAGUUUGAGCUGCUGACGGUGGAGGAGGUGGAGAAACGGCCAGUGGGGAUGGGGCGGAAGGAGCCUGAGCCCUUGGAGAAGCCCAACCGUCCCAAAACCUCCUUCAACUGGUUUGUGAACCCGCUGAAGACCUUCGUCUUCUUCAUCUGGCGCCGGUACUGGCGCAUCCUGGUGCUGCUGGCAUUGAUCAUCAUCUUCCUCCUCCUCGUCUUCUACAGCAUGCCAGGCCAGAUCAGCCAGGUCAUCUUCCAGCCACUCCACCGCUCCCCUGGGCCCUGACCUUGGACACUCAUCCCCUCACACCCACCCCUCCACUCCUACUCCCGGAAGUCCUUCCCACCAAUAUGAGUUCUCGAGUUCACUGCUUUCUUUGAAUAAACCU